GGAAGAGCAUCGAAAUUCACAAGCAGCAAACAAAAUCCCACUUCCCCCAAAUUCCGAUCUAUCAAUCAAAUCCACUAUCCCUCUCUCUGCGUUCUUCCAAUUUCAACAAAAUUUGAAGAAGCAUGUCGCUGAUUCCAAGCAUUUUCGGUGGCCGCCGCAGCAACAUCUUCGACCCCUUCUCGCUGGAUGUAUGGGAUCCGUUCGAUGGGUUCCCAUUUUCCAAUUGCACCGCAUUGGCCAACGCCCAUUCCUCUGCUUCUGAAACCUCUGCUUUUGCCAACACUCGAAUCGACUGGAAGGAGACCCCACAAGCCCACGUCUUCAAGGCCGAUCUUCCAGGGAUCAAAAAGGAGGAAGUGAAAGUGGAGGUUGAAGAGGGAAGAGUUCUGCAGAUCAGUGGAGAGAGAAGCAGAGAGCAGGAGGAGAAGAACGACAAGUGGCACAGAAUCGAGCGGAGCAGUGGAAAGUUCAUGAGGAGAUUCAGGCUGCCGGAGAAUGCCAAAGUUGAGGAAGUGAAGGCCAGCAUGGAGAAUGGAGUUCUCACUGUGACGGUGCCUAAAAUGGAAGAGAAGAAGCCUGAAAUAAAGUCCAUUGACAUCUCUGGUUAGACAGAAUCUUGUUGGUGCAUCUGAUGCUGUCUCUGCCCAUGUUUGGAUCAGUUGUUACUGUGUCAACGAAUGGUGUUGAAUAAAUGGUGUCUCUGUGUUUUGUUGGUGUCUUCUUCAGCGUGUCUGUAACUUCGAAAGGAUGAAAAGAUGUCUGGGUUGUGCAUGAUGUCAUAUGAUGGGAAAUGAAUACAAUCUAAGUUGAGUUUUUCAAAUUUC